AUGGCGGAUGACUUCGAUGCUGAGCUCACGGCGGUGGGCAAGGAGAUGGACAAAGAUGCGGAGAUUGACCGAAUCCGCAGCGUCUUUGCUCUUGAUGCAUACGCCGUCCUCGGCCUCCAGCCCGGUGUCCCCGAAAGCGAUAUCAAGAAAGUCUACCGCGCCAAAUCCCUCCUCAUCCAUCCCGACAAGACAAGUAACCCACUUGCCCCAGAUGCCUUUGAUCGGCUUAAAAAAGCGCAGACUGUGCUUCUUGACGAGAAGCUGCGCGCCGAACUCGACGAAAACAUUGCGGAUGCGCGCAUGUUGUUGAUGCGCGAGAAGAAGCUGACAGCUGACGACGAAGAGACGCGGGGCGAGGAGUUUGCAAAGGAGUGGAGGGAGAAGACCAUCUGGGUCAUCAGAGACAAUGAAUUGCGAAAACAACGGCAGAUGAAAGCGCAGAUGCGCGAGGAAGGACGCGCGCAAAGGAAGGAAGAUGAGGAGAUCCAGGAGCGCAAGAGGAAGCGCGAGCUGGAAGAUGCGUGGGAGAAAACUCGCGAUGCGCGCAUCAAUAACUGGAGAGACUUUGCCCAAGGCAAGAAGCCAGAGGGCGAGGGUGUCAAGAAGAAAAAGAAGAAAGUCAAGGCACUGGGGUGA